AUGGUUUGGUCCCAACUUCAGAUCUGGCGUUAUUUGAAAGACAACCGUUGCAUCAAGAGGGACCUAGCUAAGGAAGCUAGGACACACCCUGCUCACUCACCCCAGGUUAUGGGAGCUUACAAUCCACAAGUUGGAGUGCCCUUAUCAGUGCAGAUUAAUGUGCAGAAGUAG